GACAUUUGAAAAAAUGAAGCUAAAUGUCCAGGCAGUUCUGACAGUUCCAAUCUAUUAUCUGCAACCUGAAAAAACGCACACUUUUUUACUCAAUAUAUGAAGUUGAUGCGUGGUUUGGUUGUUUGUGUUUUUUUUUUUUUUUUUUUUUUUGUGGAGAUGCCUUCUUUAUAUAGUGUCAACACGACAGCAGAAGUACUGGUUUGCUGUAGGUUGUAUGAGUGACAAUAAUAUUCUCUGCGAAACGUAGAAGGGACUAACUGAUGAAUCGGAAAAUAUAUGGAUGUCUACCGAAACGAUUAUGUAACGAAACACGAAGUCAAACGGUGGCAUGCUUCUAUUAAUUGUAGAUGAUAGUAAUUAAUUUUCACUGCAGUUGCGAUCGUGUCGCUGCUUUCAGAAGAAUCCAGAAUCCCCUUCCAGGAAAGUGUGAAAUUGCAUCUGGGUUCUGCAAGCCAUGAAAGACUAUAAAUUUCUUUAAAAAAAGAGAGGGAGGCCUUCCUCGAUACUGUACUUUAGAAAGAGGGAAAAACAAAGGGAAAAAGAAAAUGAUAAUUGUUUUCUCUAAGGCUAUUAUCUAAUGCAAAAGCAAACAGUCUGACUGGAAAUCAGCUAACAGAAGGGGAUUAGAGAGUAGAUCUGAGAGUGGCUUGAUUUCUAGCACUGCUGUCUCUUCACACAGUGAUGAGACACAGGCAGAGCAGCCAGGAGCUCUCCAGAUGGCUAGAGAAAGUGUUUGUCUUGGGUUACUGCAGGGCAGUCUGGACUCUUAAAGCCGGGGAGGCAUCAUUAGGGAGCAAGUUAGAUGUCCACCCAGUAAAAGCGAGCGAAAGAAAGAAAGAGUAGGCAGGCUGCCCGAGAGGGACCGCGCUCGCCUAUUGUUAACAUAUACUUGACCCCCACUAACCUCCUCACGACACAGAUGUCUCCUACCUCUAUCACCUCCCACUGCUUUAAGCCCUCCCCCCCUGCACCUGGGUAGCGGGGCCGGGCCGGCUGCCGGCAGUAUGCUGCCUGCCUCGCGAGGUGCCUGCUAGCGGGGGAGCCGGGCGGAGCGGAGCGGCGCGGAGAGCAGAGCGGCGCAGCCUCGGGCGGCCGGCUCGGCUCGGCUCGGCGCGGCGCGGCACGGCACCGGCACCGGCGCGGCUCGGCUUCGCCGGGGGCAGAGCUAUGCGUCGGCUGCCCGGGGACACGCAGAGACCCCGCCACUGACAGCGGCCGCUCCCUGCGCUCCACAUCACGUUUGUUUGCGGCGGCGGCAGCAGCAAGGAGAAGGACCGGGGCAUUAACUAUCUCGACUUGGAGACUUUGCUUUAUUUUUGGUUCUUGUCCUUUCCCGUGGAACCAGUAGUCUCUCUCGAGCUGAUCCUCCUUUAAAAAAAAAAAAAGAGCGAGAGAGAGGAGGGGGGGGGGAAGAGCAGCUGGAGUUUCUCCUCAGCUCGUUUUGACUUUUGUGGACGUGGAUCAUCUGGACUGGGAAGGGAAGCCGCGCUGCGCUGCUCUCCCCUUUCCCACCCCCUCGCCCCUCCAGCAGCCUGGGCUGCCGGCUCUCCCCCGAGCAGGACGGGAACUUUUAUUUGCAGCUCGCAGCCCGUGGCGAAUGGUGGGAAUCUCCGGUCCUUUGCAGUAGCUAGUAUUGGCCGCUAUUGUUUUUAUUAUCCCUGAGCUUCUCUGGGAAGAGAAGGAUGGGGAGGACCUCAGUGACAUUGCCAGAGCAAGUCAUCAGUGGCCGUGUCUGCUCCCCAGGAGGUCACAGGAAGCAGGUGGCUGUGUUAAUUGUCCUCGCUCCCAACUCUUGUCCUUCCUGGAGGCAAUUUAGAAGUGGUCAGGAAGCGUCAAGCCUACUGUGUCCCCCCAGGUUCACUACUUCAUGCGUUCAUAAUAAUUUGAGAAAAGAUUGAUCUCUGGGCUGGUGAACAUAAUAUCUGUCCCAGUCAGAAAAGGAAAGAGGAAAUUAGCAGAGCGAUUGGUGGAGAAUGAUAUCUGUCAAAAGAAACACUUGGAGAGCACUGAGUUUAGUGAUAGGUGACUGCCGGAAAAAAGGGAACUUUGAAUUUUGUCAAGAUCGCACUGAGAAGCAUUCCACAAUGCCAGACUCACCUGUGGAUGUGAAGACACAAUCCAGGCUGACGCCUCCAACCAUGCCACCUCCUCCCACUACCCAAGGAGCUCCAAGAACCAGUUCAUUCACGCCCACAACGUUAACCAAUGGCACUAGCCAUUCACCAACAGCGUUAAAUGGAGCUCCAUCUCCUCCUAAUGGCUUUAGCAAUGGGCCAUCCUCUUCCUCUUCCUCUUCUCUGGCUAACCAGCAGUUACCGCCAGCUUGUGGAGCUAGGCAACUCAGCAAACUGAAGAGAUUUCUUACAACCUUACAGCAGUUUGGCAAUGACAUUUCACCAGAGAUUGGGGAGAGAGUGCGUACCCUUGUGCUAGGACUUGUGAAUUCUACUUUGACAAUUGAAGAAUUUCAUUCCAAACUGCAAGAAGCUACUAACUUCCCACUGCGACCUUUUGUCAUCCCAUUUUUAAAGGCCAAUCUGCCCCUGCUGCAGCGGGAGCUGCUGCACUGUGCAAGGCUAGCCAAGCAGAACCCAGCCCAGUACCUCGCCCAGCACGAACAGCUGCUUCUGGAUGCCAGCACCACCUCACCUGUUGACUCCUCAGAGCUGCUUCUCGAUGUGAACGAAAACGGGAAGAGGCGAACUCCAGACAGAACCAAAGAAAAUGGCUUUGACAGAGAGCCUUUGCACUCAGAGCAUCCAAGCAAGCGGCCCUGCACUAUUAGCCCAGGCCAGCGGUACAGUCCAAAUAAUGGCUUAUCUUAUCAGCCCAAUGGUCUGCCUCAUCCCACCCCACCUCCACCUCAGCAUUAUCGUUUGGAUGAUAUGGCCAUUGCCCACCACUACAGGGACUCAUACAGACACCCCAAUCACAGGGACCUCAGGGACAGAAACAGACCUAUGGGGUUGCAUGGCACACGUCAAGAAGAAAUGAUUGAUCACAGGCUAACAGACAGAGAAUGGGCAGAAGAGUGGAAACACCUUGACCAUCUGUUAAACUGUAUAAUGGACAUGGUGGAAAAAACUAGGCGAUCUCUCACUGUACUACGGCGAUGUCAAGAAGCAGACCGUGAGGAGCUUAAUUACUGGAUACGGCGGUACAGUGAUGCAGAAGAUUUAAAAAAAGGCGGUAACAGCAGCAGUAGUCAUUCCAGACAGCAGAGUCCAGUGAAUCCAGAUCCAGUUACAUUAGAAUCGCAUCGGGAAUUCCUUCACAGGCCUGCAUCUGGAUACGUGCCAGAGGAGAUCUGGAAGAAAGCUGAGGAAGCUGUCAACGAAGUAAAGCGUCAGGCGAUGGCCGAGUUGCAGAAGGCAGUGUCGGAGGCAGAGCGGAAAGCUCACGACAUGAUCACUUCAGAGAGAGCCAAGAUGGAGCGCACUGUCGCCGAAGCCAAGCGCCAGGCUGCAGAGGAUGCACUAGCUGUUAUCAAUCAGCAGGAGGAUUCAAGCGAGAGUUGCUGGAACUGUGGCCGGAAAGCUAGUGAAACCUGCAGUGGUUGCAACACAGCACGAUACUGUGGCUCAUUUUGCCAGCAUAAGGACUGGGAGAAGCACCAUCACAUCUGUGGACAGACCCUCCAAGCCCAGCAGCAAGGAGAGACACCAGCAGUGAGCUCCUCCGUGACACCCAGCAGCGGGGCCGGGAGCCCCAUCGACACUCCACCAGCAGCCACUCCUAGGUCCACCACCCCGGGAACCCCAUCCACCAUAGAGGCAACUCCUCGUUAAAACUGAACUCGAAACUCUGAAAACAAAAACACAACAAAAAAUGAAACCAAUUCCUCAUCCUCAGAUGCGCAAAGAUUUUAACUGAACUGUCAUAUUUCAAUACUUCAAUAAGAAAGAACUUACUGUAUCUUGAGGUGGUAGAAAAUACAGAAGGCCAGUAACGGGUCAUAAUGACUUAUUGUGGAUAACAAAGAUAUCUUUUCUUUAGAAAACUGAAAAGAGAGCAGAGAAUAUACACAAAAUGAUAGAUUUGACCUCCUCCCUGUUAUUUUCCAGUAGCUGGGAUUUUAAACUAGAUGACCUCAUUAACAGAUGCUUUACCAAACAGCAAACCAAGAGAUUGCUAAUUGCUGUUGAAAGCAAAAUGCUAAUAUUAAAGUCACAAUGUUCUUUAUAACAAUAAUGGAAAUUAAAAAAAAAAAAGAGAGAGAGAGAAAAAAAUAACCCUCAAGGGCACGAGCAUUGGAUACAGCAGUAGACAUUUUAACAAGAAGAUGAAUGGCGUCCGUGGGUUACUGACUGAACUUUGAAGACCCGCAUCAAAACGCGCAGAUGUGCAGCAGAUUGGAAGGAGACACAGAUGUUCAUUUUUUUUCCUGUUUCUGAAAGAAAUAAAAUAAUAUCCAGGUCAACAGAAUGAAAAAUGAAAGAUGAUUUGCAGUGGGAUGUAGGACUACAGCAGCAAAGAAAAAAAAAAUGCCAUAAUACAAAAGGCUUUUUUUUUUUUUUCCUUUUAAAUACAGAAAUAAGGGACACAGCCUGCAGUUAAUUAGCAUCCUGGCGGCUUUGACAUCAGCCAGCUGCUCCAACUAAACCUUUCAACAUUUCUUCACUUUUUUUGCAAGGUUCCACAGAGUAUGACAAUCGGGUCUAUUCCAGCUCAUUCAUUUUUGUAUUGAAAAUUAAUAAUAAUAGUUAAUAAUACGGUGGCUCCAGCUCCAGCCCCUUUCCAAAUUCUUUCCACCCCAUCCCGUUUGGAUUUUUAAUUAAGAAAAAAAAAAAGAAAAAAAAAAGAAAAAAAAAAGAAAGAAAAAACCCCCUAGUAGUUCUCUUGGUGUUAAAACACUUCUGUCCUGUGAGGUUUCCCAAUGGUGUUUUUCUUGUAAAUGUGUUGGACAAAUGUGAAGAUGCAUUGUAGUUUAACCAUGCUCACAUUUAGUCUUCUUUAUUCCUAGUUGGUGAGAAACCUGUAUCUUUCUAUGCUGCUUUUAU